AUGGUAACGAGACAGGUGAAGAAUAGAGAACUCAGAACUUCAGAGAAAACAAGUGCAACCAAAAGUAGUUCAUUCCCAUACAGAGAAGCAAUUGGUAGUCUGCUCUACCUAGCCGGAGCUACUAGACCAGACAUAUCAUUUGCAGUAAACUAUCUUUCUAGAAAACAAGCAUCGCCUACAGAGGAAGAUUGGAAAGAAGUAAAAAGAAUAUUUAGAUAUCUCAGAGGUACAACUGGAAGAGGAUUGAUAUUCAGAGCACAAGGGGAAAAACUUGAAGCACAUACUGACUCGAGUUUCAGAGAUUGUGAAGAGUCUCAAUCCACUAGAGGAUAUGUAGUCAAAUUAUUCGGAGACACAGUAGCCUGGAGGAGUCACAAGCAACCACAUUCGGGAUUGUCCACUUGCCUAGCAGAGUAUCUGGUCAUGACCGAAGUGUGGCAAGAGUUGAUUUCCUUAAACAAGGCUUUGAGAGACAUCACAGGCUACUCGUUUUACCCAGCUACCAUAAAGUGUGACAACAAAUCAGCCAGAGAUUGUUAUAUUUGUCUCACCUGCUUGUUGAACUUUGGCAGUACCCUGGUUGGUUCUGCUGUUAUAUGGGUGGAACCUUGA